GCCUUGCGUUUCGCCUGUUCGGAAUGUCGCCGUGGAUGUCACCACGAAAUCAAAAAGCAAGACGACAUGGCCAGCUGAAAAUAAAAAAAUAGAGUCAAGUGAUAGCGUCGAGAAGGCUCAUGGGUCCCCACGGAAGGAGGACCCCAUCAUGGGAGGCAUAAGCAACACAGCGGACAGUACCUCUGGGAGGCGACAAUGGAAGAAACUAUUGUGGGAAUUUUGCAUCGGCGGCAUGUGGAAAAAUCCGCCCUCUACGGCUCACUUUGACGGCUUGCGAGGAGUGGCCUGUUUGACGGUGCUAGUCUGGCAUUUUCUGUGCGCGUAUUACCCAGGCAUCGCCUUUCACAACAAAGCUUUUGUGCAGGACGGCGCAUACUCGGUCAAAUGGGGCCGAUCUUGGCUGCUAUUCUUCUUUAAUGGGCCCUUCUCCGUCGACGUCUUCUAUGGCCUGAGCGGACGCGUCCUCCUCCACUCGUACAUGGCCCACGGGAAGAACAGUACGCUCGUCAGUGCUAUGUUUCGGCGGAUCCUACGAUUAAUGGUGCCCUUCGCCGUCAUCGUUAUCUUCGCUUGGAAAGAAGGCCAGCUAGGCUGGGUGCAGUACGGCGUCCAGGCAGCCGCCUGGACUCGAUCGCAUUGGCUUCCCAGCCCCACUUUGGGGGCAACCGUGGGCUCCUUGCGUUGGAUAGACAUAAAGAACUUCAUCACCCUCAUGUUCACCGAAAGCAACCUGGCCUACUAUAUCUACAACCCGCGUACGUGAGAAAUUUGUGGACGAUUCGAACAGAAUGGCGGGGUUCCCUGGCCGUUUUCUCCCUCGGUUUCGUCAUGAAAAACCUGCAAAGCCGUUUUCGCUGGGUCCUUUACCCAAUCCUCUUCCGCUGGUUCGAGGUUGAAAAUGGGGGGGCCCUCCUUGCGUUUAUCGUCGGUUUUUUCCUCUGUGAUGUAGAACGAAACACACCCGUCGUCACCUACCUGACCUCCUCUCCCACCGUGCUGGCCCAAACCCUCCGGGUCACUCUCGCGCUGGUGAGUGCGGGGAUUUGGAUCCAUGUCCAGAGUACCUUGGGCUUUCAGGCGCAAGUGAGCCUGCCGCCCGGCGAUGCCGAUGCGUUGCUGAAUUUUCGGCGUUGGACGGCGCUGGGAACUUGUGGUUGUCUCGUCUUCGUCCAGCUGACCCCGCUGAUGCGGUGGCUCCUGGCCACGCCCCCCCUCCGUUUCGUGGGCUACGUCUCCUUUUGCCUGUACCUGGUCCACGGAGAGGUCCUGAAUACCUUCGCUGCCUGGCUAUUUUUGCGCCUCUAUCAGGAGGGUCAGGGCUUAGGGUACGUCCCUAGUUCCCUGGUGGUGCUCGCAACGGCUUUUCCCGUGUCAUUGGUGCUGGCUUGGGUCAUGACCGUCUUGGUGGAUGAUCCGAGCGUGCGGCUCGCCCGCGCUGUCUACCAAAAUUUCUUUUGUGCUUUCGACGAGAAGCUGUGGGUGCAUCGACAAUUGAAAGCUGGAGAGAUGAAAGUGCGCGGUUGGUGUAGUAGCAUGCUGGCUUCCCCUACCCUGGGCCCCUUGAUGCACCUUUUCCUUUUCACUGAAGUCCCAAACCUAUUUCGUCGACCGAACAGCAAGAAAAUAAGCCUGCAAGAGACGGAGAUUGAGUUAUACACCGGGAGGGAGGCUCACAAACUAUGAGAACACACGAAAGUAAGCGGACAGAUGUAGAAAACAGCGAGCAACGUCAUGUACACA